AUGAUAAUUUUUGUUUCAGCAACGGGAGCCUUCGCCCCCGGCAUGGAACCGAAACGUCAAAGAACCGCCUACACCCGCCACCAAAUCCUAGAAUUAGAAAAAGAAUUCCACUACAACCGAUACCUGACGAGGCGAAGGCGCAUCGAAAUCGCUCACACGCUAGUCCUCUCCGAACGACAAAUCAAAAUCUGGUUUCAGAACCGCAGGAUGAAAUGGAAAAAAGAUAACAAAUUGCCGAACACGAAAAACGUUAGGAGGAAAACGAAUCCUGCGGGGGUGACAACCACCACGCCGGGGUCUGGUGCUAAGUCGGCUAGCAAAGUUCGAGGGAAAACACAGAACAGCACUCCGGGAAAUAACAAUGAUAAACGGAAAAACAACAACAGGGAUUUGGACGGACUCGGUGAAAAUAUGCUGGACAUGUCACUGAGCGGUCAACACCAGAUUUCUCACGGACAUCCCGGCCUUCACCACGGAAUGUUACACAGCGAUCCCAGUAUGCAUAUUGGCUCGUUAGGAUCCUCACUUACCCCCCUUUCGUCCUCUCCGGGAUGUGGAGUUCCGGGAACACCGCAGCCAGUUAUUAAAUCAGAUUAUGGACUCACUGCUCUAUAAAAGUGAGUGUAAAGCUCAAUGUGUAGGUGUUAAACAGAAUUGGGUUGCAUAAUGGGAAUUUUUAGUUGUUUUAAGUAAUGUUCUUUAAGUAGUAUAGAUUUUAUAUACAAAAAUUUUGAUAAGGGCGGGGAAAGUAGUAGUAUUGAUUUUUAUAAUCUUUGACUUUUUAUAUUGAACUGUUGAAAACUUAUGUGACAAUUACAAUUACCUUUUAUAGAGAAAAUAAGUAUUUAUAUCACCUCAAUAUCUAGCAUGUCUCCAUAAUUUUUUCAGGUUGCCCUUUUGAAGUUAAAUUUCCUUCUGAAUGUUAUAGCUUGUAUUCUGAUAAUUGGAAUGAUGUUUAUACCAAUUGCGAUCUACGCUGAGUUUUUGGUAUGAGGCCUUAUACUAUGUACUUUGGUACAUGGAUCUUCAAGAUUAGUACCUACUAAAAAAACAGAUAUCCAUAAUAUUUCUUUUUUUUUCCAAACCAAAAGUUGGUGGAAAUUUAGGAUCAUGAAUCAAUCUGAGACUAUUCGUUUUAGCCCAUGCUUCUACUGUAUCUCCGUUUGUGUUUAAACCUAAGUAACCCCAAAAUAAACUGUGAAUAUUAGAGAGUCCCAGUAUAAGCUGAUUGGGUUGUGAUUAGAAGUUAGGUGGGGGUGAAAAUAAAAAUGGAUGAUUUGGAGGUUUAUUCUAUAGUGCAUUUUCAAUGGUUUUAAUCUCUAUAAAGUUUACGUUUCAUUAUUACCACAGAUGAGAUUAUGGUUUGAGUUAUCACAAAUACCGUGCUCCCAUGCUUAUAUCUCCGCAAUCAGUUUCAUACUUGAGAUUUUCGGUAUCACUGCAGUUAGGACCGUGUGGGUUUCCUGCAUGUACAGUACAUACCCCACACUUCGUGUUUUGGCAGAUUUCAGUCACCAUAAUAUCCUUUGGUUGUAUUGAUGCCCUCGAUAUUUUUGCUCGUUACAGUCAGUGUUCGUUCUGAGCAGAACCGUUGCGUCUGAAUGUCUGUCACCUGAUUUGGUUUGAUCUGGUGUUGGAGGGUUUAGCCGUCGGAUGUUUUCAGGGGAAGCCGUCAAUCCAUUUCUCAUUCCACGAUCUGCAUGGUCUGUCUGUUUUCUUUUUUCUGGUGAUCUCCAAUAGAAUACUCUUAUAGACUGACGCUCGUGAGGCAUGC